AUGUCCCUUGCUCCACAACGAGAAGAAACUUUGUUCUCCCGUCCCUUGCUCCACAUAGAAAAAUCGAUCGAUCCAGUGGCCUCACUGACCGGCGAGACAGGCGGUCAUCUUCUCAGUGCUCCCCCCCUUUCACCAAGAAGUGCAUCUGGUUCCCCUCGUAUAAAAAAACAAAGGGAUGGUCCUUCAAACUUAGGUUCUCCACUGAAAGUAGUUAGCGAGCCUGUGAAAGAGUUCAUACCUCAGGUUUACCGACAACAACCCACUUCAUCAACCCAUCCGAUGUACGGAGCUCCAUUAUACCCAAGGGUCGGUGGUCAACCCGCCGCUCACGGCGUUCUCCCUACUGCAACCCGAGCCUCUUCUUUCCACCAGACUUCUGCUCCUUCAACAUCUUCUAGAUUGGGCAUUAGAGUUUCUUUGAAACCAGAGUAUCUUAUUACUCCUCUGCCUCAAUUAUCUCCUCAAGUUGCGGAUAUUCCUCGAAGCAAUUUCCAGUUUGAUUUCGACUUUGAGAGGAAAAUCUUGGCUAAAGCGGAAAAAAGAAAGCAUGAAUUGGAGCAAGCUUGGCUUGGAAAACUUUGCUUCAAAGCCAACCGAAACCACUUCUUCAAUGGGUGCAAAUUCAGACCAUGUGGUGAGCAAAUAAAUUGCCUCUGGACUCAGCCGUGAUGCAGUGAUGGUUGCGGUUGCAAAUUAUGGCGACAAUCCAACCAAGGUUCGGGAAUUUAUCACCGGCUACAUCCUACUGCGAGAAAUGGGAUUCUCAGCUAACAAUGUGGCCGAAGCAUUACUCAUGUAUGACAAUGACACAGACAAUGCAUUGACACAUUUCCUUAACAGCGCAUCAUGAGUAUGAUGUAAUCGAUUAAAUAGUUUGUAUGCCAAUGAAAACUGGAAUGAUGCUAUACCAUUGAUUUCCGUGUGUUUUGCUGCUUUAAACAUAG